AAACGUCAGUGAGUGAAUAGGAAAAUGAGAAACGUUUUCGUUACCUAGUUUGUAGUUGUGUUGGUUAAUAUAUUUCUGCAAUCUUUCAGAUGUUCUUCAUUUGACUGUCCGAAAAUUUAAAGAAUUGUGCAUUUCUAUGACAAUCUUCCAAGUUGUAGUUUGAAUUGAAAACAAAGCUCAUCUGCUCCUCAAAAUGGCUAGUGUCUCGUAUCAAAUUGCUAAUCUUCUUGAGAAGAUGACUUCUAAUGACAAAGACUUCAGAUUUAUGGCAACAAACGAUUUGAUGACUGAAUUACAAAAAGAUAGUAUAAAACUUGAUGAUGAUUCUGAAAGAAAAGUAGUUAAGAUGCUGCUUCGCUUACUUGAAGACAAAAAUGGUGAAGUUCAAAAUUUAGCAGUGAAGUGUUUAGGUCCUUUGGUUAAUAAAGUCAAAGAAUAUCAAGUGGAGAGUAUUGUAGAAACUCUUUGUGCCAACAUGCUCUCUGAUACAGAACAACUGAGGGAUAUCAGUAGCAUUGGACUGAAGACUGUAAUAUCAGAACUUCCAUUGGGUUCUAAUACACUAGCAGCUAAUGUUUGUAAAAAGAUAACUGGACGAUUGAGCAGUGCUAUAGAAAAGCAAGAGGAUGUCUCUGUACAACUGGAGGCUUUAGAUAUUUUGGCUGACCUUCUGAGCAGAUUUGGCGGCUUGCUUAUAUCUUUCCAUCCACUUCUAUUAAGCUCAUUGUUGCCGCAACUAGCCUCUCCACGACAGGCAGUUCGCAAACGUACCAUUGUAGCAUUAUCACACUUAGUGAUGUCAUGUAAUGCAUCUCUCUACAAUAAGCUAAUUGAUCACCUUUUGGAAGGGUUGGGUUCAUCUACAUCUUCGAGUGUUAGUCGUACUCAUAUUCAGUGCAUUGCAUCUGUUUGCCGGCAAGCUGGUAGAUUCGGGGAACAGCUGUGGCGUGUCGCACCGCAGGUUCUGAAGCAUUCCACUGAUGCAGAUGAGGAGUUGCGUGAACAUUGUCUCCAAGCACUAGAAGCAUUUGUUCUCAAAUGCCCAAAAGAAGUGCAACCACAUAUACCAACUAUCAUAGAUCUAUGUCUUAAAAUGAUAACAUAUGAUCCCAACUAUAAUUAUGAGGAUGAAGAACAAGAUGGUGGCGGUGAAGACGAGGAAAUGGAAGAUGAAUCAUUUGCACCUGAAGGUGAACCAGAGUCAGAUUCUGAAGAGUAUUCUGACGAUGAUGAUAUGUCUUGGAAGGUAAGACGUGCUGCAGCAAAGUGUCUGGAAUCAGUAAUAUCUACACGUCAUGAGUUGUUACCUGAAAUGUAUCAAACGGUUUCCCCUGCUCUGAUUGCGAGAUUUAAAGAACGCGAAGAAAACGUGAAGUGCGAUAUUCUUAGCGCCUACACUGCAUUGCUGCGAGCCACUCGACCUCCUCCAGCACUGCAAAUGUCAAUUGCCCCAGCAGACAACUCGCCGCAAGCUUUGUUACUACAGAGAGUGCCGGGCGUGGUGCGUGGCGCGUUGCGUGUAAUCCGCGGACGUAGCGUGCGCGCUCGCGGUUGUGCGCUCGCGCUGUUGCGUGAACUGCUCGCGGCCGCACCCGGCUGUCUGGCCGAUCAUGCGCCGCGCGUACUGAGAGCCCUCACUCCGGCGCUCACGGACAAGAGUACCGCAUCGUCGAUGAAGAUCGAGACAUUGGUAUUCGUUGUGUGUUUAUUGCGUGGACAUCCGGCGGAGACGAUGAGACCACAUGUGGCAACAUUGAUGCCGGCAGUACUAUCUUGCGUCCAUGAUCCAUUCUACAAGGUCACCGCUGAAGCUCUACGAGUGUUGCAGACUCUCGUCAAAGUCAUGCGGCCACUGGAUAACAUUGAUAACAUAGAGAACUUAGAUGAAUUGCACGUGGAACCACCCCCCGAAGAUUUGCAGCAGUUUAUACCCGCGAUGUAUGAGUGUACGCUAGUGCGUCUACGUGCUACUGACAUGGACCAAGAGGUUAAAGAGCGUGCUAUCGCCACUUGCGGUCAACUCAUAUGCCACUUCGGUGAUUAUUUGCAGAACGAACUACCUGUGUGUCUGCCAAUAUUUUUAGAACGUCUGCGCAAUGAAAUAACUCGUUUGACAACUGUCAAAGCAUUGACUAAAGUUGCUUCGUCUCCUUUGAGGAUAGACUUGAGACCCAUUUUGUCUGAUGCAGUGCCUAUUCUAGGAUCGUUUUUACGUAAGAAUCAGAGGGCUCUAAAGCUCUCUACAUUAGUGUUGCUGGAUACUCUUGUUCAAAAUUACAGUAAUGCUAUCAGCAUAGAACUUCUUAGCAAGGUGUUGAUGGAGGUCCCGCCGUUGGUAUGCGAGUCGGAUCUACAUUGUGCGCAAACGGCACUAGCUUUAGUUCGAGGCGCGUGUUUACGUUGUCCCGCCGCGCUCACGGCAGAUGCCCGUCAGGCACUCACUCCCAAUAUACUCGCGCUAGCCAAAUCGCCGCUGCUACAAGGUGGCGCCCUUAAGGCGAUGCUGAGUGUACUGAGUGCAUUGGUCGCGGCGGACGUGGCUGGUUGUUCUCGUCGCGAGCUGCUGGCGUUACUGGUGGCACCAGUACAUCGCGCCGCAGAUCAUGCGAACUCGGCACAUCACAUCAAACAGGCUUUUCAUUCGCUCGCGAAGUGCGUAGCGGCGGUCGUAGUUGCGGGCGGUUCGGACGCGCUGGACGUUGUCCGCGGUUUCUUACGAGAUGCCGCACACCCGCCCAACGAUCCUACGCAUAUGUUCUCGCUACUAGCUCUCGCGGAAAUAGGACGCCAUUUGGAUCUCAGUUCGAUUCCGAACUUGAAGGAGGUACUAUUGAACUCGUUCACGCCAUCGUCUGAAGAGGUGAAGUCAGCCGCGAGCUACGCAUUGGGUUCAGUCGCAGUAGGAAACCUGCCUGAGUUCUUACCAUUCAUAUUGAGGGAGAUCGAAGCUCAGCCAAAGCGGCAGUACCUGCUUUUACAUUCGCUAAGAGAAAUUAUUACGUGUGAAUCGUGUACACCAGAAGGCGUGGAAGCAUUGAGACCUUUUAUACCAGAGAUAUGGGUUCAGCUUUCAAAACAUUGUCAGUGUGCAGAGGAGGGGUCCAGGAAUGUUGUUGCCGAGUGUUUAGGAAAGUUGUGUCUAUUGGAACCGCAAGACUUGUUGCCACACUUAAAGGAAUUCCUCAAAUCGCCUGAACCGUUGACUAGAACCACUGCUGUGACCGCUGUAAAGUUCACUAUAUCCGAUCAGCCGCAAGCGAUCGAUCCACUUCUCCGCGCAUGUAUGUCCGAGUUACUGGUUCCGUUACGCGAUCCGGAGCUGGGUGUUAGACGCGUGGCGCUGGUAGCGUUCAAUUCUGCCGCUCAUAAUAAACCGUCGCUAGUACGUGAUCUUUUGCCGCAAGUGUUGCCUACUAUUUACAGUGAAACUAAAGUCAAGAAAGAGUUGAUCCGCGAAGUAGAGAUGGGUCCGUUCAAACACUCUGUGGACGACGGUUUGGACUUACGCAAGGCAGCGUUCGAGUGCAUGUACACGUUGUUGGGCACGUGCCUCGAUAGACUCGACGUGUUCGAGUUCCUGCGGCACGUGGAGGAUGGCUUGCGAGACCACUACGAUAUCAAAAUGCUUACUUAUCUAAUGUGCGCGAGACUUGCACAUCUGUGUCCCGCUGUUGUACUACAGAGACUAGAAAGCUUAGUGGAACCUUUACGGGCUACCUGUACAAUGAAAGUUAAAGCCAAUUCCGUGAAACAAGAAUAUGAGAAGCAGGACGAGCUAAAACGGUCCGCAUUGCGAGCAGCCGCUGCACUGUUGCAGAUACCCGAAGCGGAGAAGAAUCCUCAUCUAAUGGACUUCGUGACUCAGAUCAAGUCGUUCCCCGAUCUGCAGCCGAUAUUCGAGUCGAUAUUGAAGGAUUCGAGCGGCGGCGGCGGCGUGGAUGCUAACCUCAUGGACCAGAGCUAGCCGUCGUCUGUAACACGCUCAAUUCGCAAUACGAGGUUCACAAUACUGUUUAGUUUAUUUUAUUGUUUUGUUUUUGUACCGAAUUUUUUUUUUCGUCAUCUGGCUUCUGUCGGGAAAAAAUUCAAAAUAGACAGAUAUAUGACU